CAGUUCCCUAAAAUAUUGAGGGAAAUAAAAGCAUGUGGCAAUUAGCUGGAUGCGGUAGCCUCAGCCUGCAAAAACAGCACUGGCGGGGAUGGAGGCAGGAGGAUAUUGAUUGAGUUUAAGGUGAUCCUUACUACAUAGGCAGUUGAGGACAAAAUGUUGGGAUUAAAAGCAUGGGCCUCUGUGCUCUGCUUUUGUUAAGAUGAUGACGAUGAUGACGACGACGAUGAUGAUGAGAUGAUGGUGAUGAGAUGAUUAAUCUCUUGAUACCCUGACUUACAGCUGGACUUACAGGGGGUUCUGAAACACCUGUUGUGGGUGCUGAACACCAAACUCUCCAAGAGUAGCAAGCGUUCUUAGCCGUGGAGACGUGUCUCUCCAGUCCCACAGCUGUAUGUUGUUUGCAGUUUACACGCCAGCUUAGAUUUAGAAUCCCGCCCCCCCCCCCCGCCCCUUUGUAUCCAUGAGGUAGGAGGUGCAGGAAGAAGCCACCAGGUCCGGCAAGGAGACCCUGGCUGGCACAUCGGAAUCUCUGACACCUCGAAGAGGUGUGGCAGGAGGAAGCGUUCAUGACAAGGAUGACAAGGAUGACAAGGUGUGGGUAUUAAUGGCCCAUGACAGAGCGCAAACGCCACCCACCGUCAUCGUAGGCUCAUCUGCACGUUUGCCCUGCAUCAUCCUAGCAAUCAAUGUAGAUGCCACCGCUUCCAGAGGUGUGUGUGUGGGGAGCGGAGAAAUGACCCUCGGAACCUGCCCCCUGAGCUGUGAGCCAAUGGAGGAUGAGGAGGCGGACCCGAGGAAACGGCAGCGCUGUGGUCCAAUGGACUUCCAUCAGGGCCCCACGGCUGGCCAAUGGGCGUGGCCCUCGGCGACGGUGGGAAGCGGCUGGGCAGCUGGGCGGUUGUUGGCUCCGGGCGGCGGAGGCGGCGGUGGCGGUGCUGUUCCCGCUGGGCUCGGAGUUUUCAGGAAGAGCUGAGAUGGCCGAGUUUCGAGAUGACCAGGCUUCUAGGCUGUGUGACAACUGCAAGAAGGAAAUUCCUGUAUUUAAUUUUACCAUCCAUGAAAUCCACUGUCAAAGGAACAUUGGUGUGUGCCCUGUCUGCAAGGAACCGUUCCCCAAAUCUGACAUGGACAUUCACAUGGCUGCAGAGCACUGUCAGGUGACCUGUAAAUGCAACAAGAAGUUGGAGAAGAGGCAGUUAAAGCAGCAUGCGGAGACAGAGUGUCCCCUGCGGCUCGCCGUCUGCCAGCACUGUGAUCUGGAGCUUUCUGUUGUCAAGUUGAAGGAGCAUGAGGAUUACUGUGGAGCCCGGACAGAGCUGUGUGGCAGCUGUGGGCGCAACGUGCUUGUGAAGGAGCUGAAGACUCACCCCGAAGUCUGUGGGAGAGUGGAGGAGGAAAAGAGAACGGAGGCUGCCAUCCCUCCGGAGGCUUACGACGAGCCCUGGAGUCAGGACAGAAUCUGGAUCGCAUCCCAGCUCCUCAGACAAAUCGAGGCUCUGGACCCGCCCAUGAGGCUCCCUGGAAGGCCCCUGCAAGCCUUUGAGGCAGACCCCUUCUACAGUAGGACUACCAGCCAGAGGAGCAUGGCAGCCCAGUUUCCAGUUCAAAAUAAUCUUUUUGAAGAACAAGAAAGGCAGGAAAGGAACAGAAGCCGGCAGUCCCCAAAGGACAGCGCUGAGAAUAACGCACACUUGGACUUCAUGUUGGCCUUGAGUCUGCAGAAUGAGGGACAGGCCACCAGCAUGGUAGAGCAGGGCUUCUGGGAGUCUGUGCCUGAGGCUGAUCCGGCUCGUGCUGGGCCCACAUCUCUAGGUGACAUAAAGGGUGCUGCUGACGAGAUUCUGCUGCCGUGUGAGUUCUGUGAGGAGCUGUACCCAGAGGAACUGCUCAUUGACCAUCAGACAAGCUGCAACCCUUCUCAUGCCUUACGUUCACUCAAUACGGGCAGCUCUUCCAUCAGGGGUGUGGAAGAUCCUGGUACCAUCUUCCAGAACUUUCUACAACAAGCAACAAGUAACCAGUUUGACACUUUAAUGGGCCUGAGCAGUUCAGCUGCUGUGGAAGACAGCAUCAUCAUCCCCUGUGAGUUCUGUGGGGUGCAGCUGGAAGAGGAGGUGCUGUUCUACCAUCAGGACCAGUGUGACCAACGCCCAGCCACAGCAAACCACCGUGCAGUGGAGGGCAUCCCAGCCCAGGAUUCGCAGCCAGAAAACACUUCAGCAGAGCUGUCCAGGAGGCGGGUCAAACACCAGGGAGACCUGUCAUCUGGUUACAUGGAUGAUGUCAAGCCGGAAUCAGUGAAAGGCCCCACCUACUCGAUGUCUCCUAACAGGACCAUGAACAAUGUGGCUUCCUGCAACCGACUGUUGAACUUACCGUCAGGGCCCAGUGGGAGGAGUGAAGGUGGUCGGAGCUCUCGGGUCAGCCCUGCAGCUGCUGGCUACCACAGCAGAGCAGCAAAGGCCAAGCCUCCAAAGCAGCAGGGAGCAGGCGAUGCGGAGGAGGAAGAGGAGUGAUGGUGACUCUGGGGGCUCUUGCAGCCCCCACCCCACCCCACCCCAUGCAUAACAGAACAUGCUGGUGCAAUGUCCAGCUGCCUCUCGGGCUUACUGGGCAGGAGAGACACCAGAUUGUAAUUUUUCCUAGGUUAUGGCCAUUUUGUGUCUUUGCGAUUGUGCUGUGUGUGUUUGGGUUUGAGGGAGGGCUAGCUGGGAGGCCCGAGCUGCCAUUGUUGAGCAGCCUUGAAAUCAGCGCUGAGUGUCUGUGGCCCUCCUGGCCCAUAAGGGCUCCAUCCUUAGUGAUGUCAUCACCACUGCUUCUUGGUGCUUUGUGGUCCUGAUGGACAGAGACAAGGGUUCUGGGAUCUCAGAGUGAGAAGCAUCCUCCUGGUGGGGACCUAAGCUUGAGUGUGCAGCGUGUUACACAGGCACAUGUCUGGCAGGGACACGGACUGGAGGCCACCUUCGUCCUUGCGGGUCACUCACCCACCUCUCUCUGUUCUUGAUGAGGAAUGUACUGCUUUGUUCAUGCUGCCCCUACCAGGGCCACUCCUACUCAUGAGGACGGAGGCGCCAGCCCCUCCCCUUUUUAUUUUACUGUUCUAAUUGUCUAUUUCCUUGUAAUAGAAAUAAAGUUUGUAUUUAGAGCUCA